CGCGUGGGGGAGGGGGAUAAUAUUUAAAUUUCCAAGCCUACGAUUGGCUGCUGUGUGUGUCCAGCGGCCCUAUUUUGACCAAUGAAAUAAGUUUCCUUCAGUCGUUGCACGAACCGAGCAAUCAGAGGAACACGAUCAGACCUUCAAGAUUAGCAUGAGCUUUCAAUAAAUAGCCAGUAAGCGCGAGAAAAAAAAACUGUUGUGUUGUGUUAUAGUCUGUGAGAGCUAACAUGCCUGAACCAGCGAAGUCUGCUCCUAAGAAGGGCUCCAAGAAGGCCGUCACUAAGACCGCCGGUAAAGGAGGAAAGAAGCGCAGAAAGACCAGGAAGGAGAGCUACGCUAUCUACGUGUACAAAGUGCUGAAGCAGGUUCAUCCUGACACCGGGAUCUCUUCUAAGGCGAUGGGGAUCAUGAACUCUUUCGUCAACGACAUCUUCGAGCGCAUCGCCGGUGAAUCGUCUCGUCUCGCUCACUACAACAAGCGCUCCACCAUCACAUCGAGAGAGAUCCAGACCGCCGUGCGUCUGCUGCUGCCCGGAGAGCUGGCCAAACACGCCGUGUCUGAGGGCACCAAGGCCGUCACCAAGUACACCAGCUCCAAGUAGAGCUCCGCUCCAGUCCCCGAGACUCAAAGGCUCUUUUAAGAGCCACCCAUCAUAUCAUCUAAAGAGCUUUUAUAACUGU